ACGAAUCCAUAAUCAGCUCCCAUGUCGAGCCUACCAUAGCUGAUGGUUGGCCAUUUUACACCGCGGUACAAAGCAAUCCUUCACUAACCCACUUCGACACCAAUCACCAACUUCCAUUUUUCCUACACUCAGAGGGCUCCUCAUCGAUAUCGAUGGUUGAAGAUACUUCUCUAGAUCCCUUCGGAUCACUCUUCGCAGACUCGCCUUCAGAUGGGCAUUGCAAUAACCAAGUCAUCGGCGCGCCAAAAUCUAGCGAGUCAUCAGUAAAUAGCAAUAUCGGAGCUAGUAGGAGACACUUCUCUGAACAUCUACCAACCAAACUCUAUCCAGAACUCGACGGCAUAGAACAUUCUUUGGAUUCUCGUCCACAGCAGAGCCAUGAGUCUCAAAACAAAUUGCAAAGCUCUGGCCGAACUGGGUCAACUUCUGGAUAUAUCAUUAUCUCCGAGCGACUAGGCAUUUCUGGAACUGUCUUGGAACCACGCCCCUUCCUCCCUCCUCCCGAGCAGUUGAUGACGACCUUUGAAAGGAGGAAGAAAGUCGGCCAAGUAAGAAAGAUAGGAGCAUGCUGGCAAUGUCAGAUACGUAAGAUUGCGUGUUCUGUGGACAAAAUAUGUAAACGCUGUCAGAAGAUGGCCAGCACUCCUACGUUAGCAAAACAAAUCUGCCUCAGACAGAGAUUCAUGGAUAUAUAUCUCUCCCAUUCAAAUGAUUAUCCAGUCACAGGAACGCAAUAUCGUGUCGAUCAGAUUUCGCCCUCGCAUCACGGAACAAGUUUCUCUCAGAUCGGAAGCCAUGGCUGAAGAUUGCCCCACCCUCACUCUCAGCGUCAUCACUUACGAACGCAUCUCCCCAGAUCCAGGACUCUCUGGAUCAUACAGUAGACCAUUCUUGCCGGAUGAAUUUCCUACCCACGCUCCCACUGGGACCCCUUAUAAACACAUAUACCCAAACUCAGGACUAUCUGGAUCAUACACAAGACCAGUAUCCUGGCAUUCCCUAUCAGCGGACUCUCAAGCAAUGAUCCGUCGAGCGAUGCUCCCAGAUUCUGUCCCUAGUGUUGAACAGUUAGAGAAUAUGUCCAAGCCAGGUACUUGCAAAGUACACGACCCAUUCCUUAACCACGAUCUGCAUGACAGAAUUGAUGAUAUACUGCUUUUAUUCUCUAAUCAAGGUCGUCACCAGCCACUGGUAAGACUUCUUCCGCAGAAAAGCUCCCUUAAU